UUUGUUGUCGAUUUACUGUCGACGGCGCGGGGCGGCGCGGCUCCCUCAGCGCCAUUACAUCGAUAAAUGUCAUCGCAACGGCCAACAACGUAAAGUGCCGCCGAGAAUUGCUGAGAAUUAUCCACCUGGUCCUUGCACCGCUUACCACCCGCGUAAGAAGAAGAGCAGGUGGAGAGUGGAGGAAGGAUCGCGUGGGAUCGCGCGACGCCUAUUCCAGACACGGACACGACGCGUCCCGGUCGCACGACUGCGACGAUGUCGACCAAGCGAAAAACCGCGAGCGGCAAGGCGAAGAAUCGUCCCAAGUCGCGCAAAGUAGAAUACGACGAGGAAGAUAUUUCCAGCGAGCACGACUCGGAAGUCGACGAUGCUGAAGCCGGCUCUAACGCCGAUGGCGAGGACGCCGCAGCCGAGGAUGCGCUCGCGGACGUUUCGAACAUGCCUGAAUUACCGGCCCCAGAGGGUGGAUGGGGCAAGCCUGGAACAUUGCUCAUGUGUGGCCUUACUAAUUGGGAAAUGGCUGGUCGCAAGGCACCGCCUAAAGGAGUAAAAGCAAAUGUAGGACGUAGCCUGUGGACACCGCAUACUUUUAAGAAUUUGAAUGACGCAAAAGUACGACUAAUCGCGUCCGGUCCUGCUGCAUCCCACAGCAUUAUCGUCACUGAGGAUAAUAGAUGUUUGGCUUUUGGUAGAAACGAUAAAGGUCAAUUGGGUGUCGGAGACACAAAGCGUCGCGAUGAGCCCACCGAGGUCGAAGCUUUAAAAGGACACACGGUUAUAGGAGCAUCAUGCGGUCGUAACCAUACCUUAUUUUUAACCAGCCGUGGGAUGGUUUUUGCCGCUGGCGACAAUAAACUGGGCCAAUGUGGGAUCGGGAAGAACGAUCCCUGUAUCGUAACUGCCACCAAAGUAAAGUAUUCCGGACCGCCGAUAGUGAAAGUAGGAUGCGGCGCAGAGUUCUCGAUGAUUCUGGAUAUCAAGGGCGGUCUGCACUCGUUCGGAUGUCCAGAGUAUGGCGCCCUGGGUCACAACACUGACGGCAAAUAUUUCGUCACGAAUACAAAAAUGGCAUUUCAUUAUGAGAAAGCACCUAAGCGAAUCGUUUUAUACGUCGAAAGGGGUAAGGAUGGCCACGCGGUACCGUUGGAUCGCGUUGAGAUUACCGAUUUCAGCUGCGGUCACUAUCACACGGUCGCAAUUGACAGCAAGAACCGUGCGUUUUCCUGGGGAUUCGGUGGGAUUGGCCGUCUGGGUCACAACGAGCAACGCGACGAGUUGGUACCGCGUCUAAUCAAAUUUCUGGAGCCACCCAGUCGCGGUGUCCGUGCGGUGUACUGCGGCAGCACGUAUAGCAUCGCGAUCAACGUACAUGGCUCCGCCCUGAUGUUUGGCCAGACUAAGCGUACCGGCGAGGCCAACAUGUAUCCCAAGCCUAUCCAAGAUCUAUCCGGUUGGGAGAUUCGAUGCGUUGGUUGUUCACAGACGAGUGUAGUAGUUGCGGCCGACGACUCCGUUAUUGCCUGGGGCGCCAGUCCUACGUUUGGAGAAUUGGGUUUUGGUGAAAUGCGAAAGUCGUCGACGACUCCGAUGGAGGUAAAAGCCUUGGAAGGUUUAUACAUUACUGCUGUUACAUGUGGUCUAUCUCACACGCUUAUGAUCUGCCGAGAUGAUACUGAAGAGGAAAGGGCCAAGAUUAAUAAGCUCCAAGUUUAUUCUGUUUAAAGUAUUUUCGAGUGCGUAAACGAGUCUCUAUUGAGUCACUCUACAGAUGAUCGAAUCGGAAGGAAAAUUCUCGUUCCUUCAACGAGUCACAGCUACGUUUUGAUGAAUUUUAUAACAAGAUAUCCGAGACCGAUGACAGUAGAUCGCCAUGAAACGU